AAGUGCAAGCAUCACUAUUACUUUUGUUAAACACGAUCAGUUUUUCACUCACAUGUUUUCUGUGCAUCCAGACUCCGGCCGUGUUUUGGAGGUGACGGACCUUCCAGCUGGCAUCAGUCGAGUGGAAGCAGACUCUUUACUGGCAGAACUGAGCAAAGUUGGCGCUCUCAUAAAAUGGCUGCCCAAACCUCCGUCCCCCAGCCAAUCAGAGGGAGCGGACAUUACGAACUCUCACGACCUGGCAUCCACAUACACCAUCCUGGCCUUGUUCCCGUCGAAAUACGCAGCGCAGAGCGCGCUUCAAAAACUCAACAGCUCCAUCACCAAAUUCAAACUGAGAACUAGCAACGAACAGCACACGCUCGCCAGAUCCAGCUCUCAGUGAGGCCACGCCUCUUCCUCUCUUUCCACCAAUCACCACCAUUGCCUCAGGCUCACUUCCUGCUAUUUCAGUCAUACCCUACUGGCUUUGUUUUUUGUUUGUUUGUUUUUUGUUUGUUUUCGCACCACUAUGGCUUGAUCAAAAUGGGUUUGUUACUUUCGAAUGGGGUUUUCAUGCUAGUUUGUUUAAAAAAAAAAUCGAAUGUUGUAGUUAAAUUGUUCUUUCACUGUUUCAGAUGAAUUAUCUAGCGUUGUUAUUGAAACAAAACCAAAACGAAUUCAAAUGAGACAUGUUUGGCUUGUUCUUCUGUUCAUUUUGAAUAGACCAGGAUCGCAAAACUGAAACCGGAGCAUGUUGUUUGGGGUUUGUUUGUUGUUUUUUUUCCCGCAAAUGGCACAUCAUACAAAACUAAGUGUUUUUUUUUUUUCUUAAGCGAAUGGAAAUAAACAACCAAACAUGCAACAACUGACCCAUGAACGUGAAGACGGGACACAAGG